CAAUAAAGUUCGAAGCCCGCCGCUUGCAGCUUGGAGGUGCGAAAGCCGACUGCUGGAUCUGCGUCUUCACUAACGGAGUCUAACGGGAACUACGGAGAAGAAAUGUGGGAUUUGUUUUGGCUUGCUGAGGCAUGUGCAGCACCGCUUUUCCUGGAUAUAUGAAUCUAUUAAUUGCCCCAAAUAGGAUAAAGUGAGUGGUCACUUUAGGAUAGUUUGGACAAUUUCCGAGGGAGAUACGUUACUGCAAGAUACAAAAAAGGCAGUUGUGGAGUGGCCAUGCAGGGGUUGAUGGUGUCGCUUAUUGGGACAGCCCUGCUACUUCUGUCCGGGAUUCUCGCGCCGCGGAAUGUGGUGCACGGCUUCGGCGAUGAGGUGGAGGAGAUGACCUGCGAUCCGAUACGGAUCAGCAUGUGCCAGGGUCUGGGCUACAACGUAACCAAGAUGCCCAACUUGGUCGGCAACGUGCUCCAGUCGGACGCCGAGCUGCAGCUGACCACUUUCACGCCGCUCAUACAGUACGGCUGCUCCAGCCAGCUCAAGUUCUUCCUGUGCUCGGUAUAUGUGCCAAUGUGCACAGAUAAGGUGCCCAUUCCCAUCGGCCCAUGCGGUAGCAUGUGUUUGUCUGUCAAGAGAAAAUGCCUCCCGGUUCUUCACGAGUUUGGCUUCAUCUGGCCAGAGGUGCUCAACUGCAGCCUCUUCCCGCCACAGAAUGACCACAACCACAUGUGCAUGGAGGGCCCAGUGGACGAAGAUCCACCCUAUUAUCCCAUCCGUCAUCCUCCCCACCAGGAGGAGUGUCAGGCUCUGGGAUCUGCACCCAACCAGUACACUUGGCUGAAGCAGACCGAUAGCUGUGCUCUCCAAUGCGGCUACGACAGUGGACUGUACAGACGAGGGGCCAAAGUGUUCACAGAUGCCUGGAUGGCGGUGUGGGCAGUGCUGUGCUUCCUUUCAACCACUUUGACGGUCCUGACCUUUCUGUUGGAUUCACAACGAUUCUCCUACCCUGAGAGGCCCAUCAUAUUCCUGUCCAUGUGCUGCAAUUUGUACAGUGUUGCCUACCUGGUCCGUUUGACUCUGGGAAGGGAACGUGUGUCGUGUGACCUGGAUGCCACAGAAGUGCCUAUUCUAGUGCAGGAAGGACUAAAGAGCACCGGCUGUGCCAUCGUCUUCCUUCUGCUCUACUUCUUUGGAAUGGCCUCCUCUCUCUGGUGGGUGAUCCUGACCCUGACAUGGUUCUUGGCUGCAGGACUGAAGUGGGGCCAUGAGGCUAUUGAAAUGCACAGCUCCUACUUCCACAUAGCAGCUUGGGCUAUCCCGGCGGUUAAAACCAUUGUCAUUCUCAUCAUGAGAUUGGUAGAUGCUGAUGAUCUUACUGGCCUUUGUUAUGUUGGAAACCUGCAGCAAGAGGCGCUCACGGGCUUUGUGGUGGCACCACUAGCCACUUACCUUCUUAUAGGCACCCUCUUUAUCUGUGCUGGCCUAGUAGCGCUUUUCAAGAUCCGCUCCAAUUUGCAAAAGGAUGGGGCCAAAACAGACAAGCUGGAGCGUUUAAUGGUGAAAAUCGGAGUGUUUUCCGUUCUGUACACCGUACCAGCCUCCACUGUGAUUGGCUGUUACCUUUACCAGCUUUCCAACUGGGGGGAAUUCAAGGCCACCACGCAAGACUCAUACGUUGCAUCAGAGAUGCUUCGAAUCUUCAUGUCACUACUUGUGGGCCUCACCUCGGGCAUGUGGAUCUGGUCAGCAAAGACCCUCCACACGUGGCAACGCUGCUCUGCCCGCCUACUUAAGGACAGCAGGACAGGUCGAGGCGGCCAGAGAGGACCGGGCAAAGGUUGGAUUAAACCAGGGAGAGGCAACGAGACAGUGGUGUGAGGAGAAAGAAUGGACAAGACUGUACUUGGUUCUUUAUCUCACAGACGUUCACCCCGACAAAAGGAGGAUGUAACACACAAACCACUGGAUGUGAAAGGCACUGUAAAAUGUUUAUGAGUCCACAAGCAUGUCUAGCGCUAUGUCUCCAACAGUGGCAUUUGCUUGGAGUUAAGUGUUGGAGUUAAGGAGAAAAGGGUGGACCGGUUCAAACACUAGUAGCCACAGUAGCCCCUUGACCUCUGUUAAGACUUUUAUAGCACAGAGACAGGGAGAAAGAGGAAAAUUGAAGGUGGAAGAGAGACAGCAGGCAGCAUUGAAGCAUUAACGUGAAGUUUAGAUGAAAAAAUAAGCUGUGUUGUGCCACGUCUACCUCUGGCUGACUCUUCUCCUCAGCAGCAGAGACUCAACCUGCUGUGUACAAUAAGCCCUCUACCGUAAAGGCCUGUGAAGGCUAUUAAGUCCAUGUACAGAUGUUAUUCAGAUACAGCCUGAGGUUCCCCAAAGAUCCCUGUGGCUUUUUUUUUUUUUUAUAAAA